GUAUAGAUACAACAAAUUCAAUUAAGAGCCUCGUUGGAGCCAAGAGCCAGAUAUCCAGGUGAGAGUGAGACUAAAACACUUUUUUUUUUCCCAUAUUACCGAAAGAAAGAAAAAAGUAAAACACAUACACAAAUAGUCCCAACCCAAUGAAGCUCCUCAAAACCUUUCGCGCCAUGCUCCGACACGGCAUGCCGCCGCCGAACGUCAUGAUCCGCGGCUUCGCCGGCGCUGUGAACUUGCAACCAGAAUCGAAGGAGGUGGGGACAGCGUUUGGGUUGUUGAAAUCAAUGACUGAGAAGAGUGUGGUGCCAAAUUUGGUUUCGUUCAAUGCGGUUGUUCAGGGUUUAUGCGAGGAAGGUAGGAUUGAAGAGGCUCAGAAGGUGGUCGAGGAGAUGAAUCGGAAGGGUUUAGCCCCUGAUGAGAACACUUACAUGUCUCUGUUUGAGCUGCUCUGCGACAAGAGGAAGGUAGAUAAGGCUCGCAAGGUUUUGAGUGAAAUGAUUGAUACUGGGUUUUCACCCUCGGUUGCUACAUACAAAAACCUUAUUCAUUGGUCGAAGGUUGAGGAGGCUGUGGGGAUUUUGAGGGACAUGCAUGAGAGGGGUUUGUCCCCUGAUGUUGUUACUUAUAACACACUUAUUUCCAAGUUUUGCACACUCAAGGAGCCGGAGCUGGAGAAAGCGCUUGAAAUGAAGGCGGAGAUGGUUCAUAAGGGCAUCUUGCCUGAUGCUGACACAUAUUAUCUGCUUAUACGUUCCCUGUGCCUGCAGCAAAGACUGUCUGAAGCUUUUGAUCUCUUCCGAGAGAUGCUGCGCGCGGGUGUGUCGCCAGAAAAGAAGACUUAUGCUGGUUUAAUGAAUGCUUAUCGUCUUGAAGGUCAAUUCAGUAAGGCUUUUCAGUUGCAAGAUGAAAUGAUACACAAGGGGUUUUUGCCUGGGAUUUCACCGACUCAUGUUACAUACAACACCAUUAUUCAUGGCCUUUGCUUAUUGGACCGGGCUGAGGAGGCUCUGGGGAUUUUGAGGGGCAUGCCUAAGAUUGGGUUGUCCCCUGAUGCUGUAAGUUAUUGCACUGUUAUAUCCGGGUUUUGUCGAAUCCGGGAGCCGGGGAAGGCUUAUAAGUUGAAGGUGGAGAUGGAUAAAAAGAGGAUCUCGUGGCUGGGGCUAUGGGGGCUGUAUGAAGACACACACAAAUCAGUUAUGCAAGGCCUGUCGGAUGAGGAUACUUUUUCGAAUUUGAUGAGUGAUUAUUUAGCUGAAGGUAACUUGGAAAAGGCUUAUAAUUUGGAACGUGAAAUUAACGACUUUGCUUAUUUGCCAGUUGAUGUUCACUAUAGUGUGUUUUUGAAUGGACUUAAUAAGAAAGCUAGGAUAACAGAAGCUAAGGAGCAUCUUUUGUGGUUUAUUUCUCAUGUGUGUUUGCGUAUGCCGACUUUUAUAAUAUAUGAUACUUUGAUAGAGAACUGCUGUAAUAAUGAAUUUAAGAGUGUGGUAGGUCUUGUCAAAGGUUUCGGAAUGAGGGGUUUAGUAAAUAAAGCAGCCAGAGCUCAUGACACAAUGCUUGAGGGGAAUUAUAAGCCAGAUGGAGCGGUUUAUAAUUUAUUAAUAUUUGAUCAUUGUAGAUGUAGUAAUGUUCAUAAGGCGUAUGAUAUGUACAUGGAUAUGGCGCAUUAUGGUUUUGAUCCUCAUAUGUUCUCUGUACUUGCUCUUAUCGAGGCUCUAUAUUGUGUUAGAAGGUACAAUAGGAUGAGUUGGGUAAUUCAAAACACAUUGAGGACCUGUAAUCUCAAUGAUUCCGAGCUACUUCAAGUACUUAAUGAAAUUGACGUCAGGAAAGGUCAAACUGAGUAUCUUCGGGUUGUGCUAGCUGAAAUAGCUAUAGAUGGCCCGUUACUUGAUGGUGGAAAGUGUUCAUAUGCUUCAGCAAGUACCGUUGGAUGGUUUCAUUGGAUUGACCCGGCCAUGUGCACCCUACAUAAGAGCAUGUUGUUGACUCGUCCUAACCCAAUGAAGCUCCUCCGUCUUUCAACCUGUCUCCGAAACCGCUUGUCGCCGCCGAACGUCAUCAUCCGCGGCUUCACCGCCGUUGGGAACUUACAGUCAGAAUCAAAGAAGGUGGGGGGCGCGUUUGAGUUGUUGAAAGCAGGGACCGAGAAGGGUGUGGAGUCAAAUUCAGUUUCGGGAAGGAGGAUCAGAGAGGCUGAGCAGGUGGUUGAUGAGACAACAACUUACAACGCUCUUGUUCUUGCAUAUUGCUGUGAUGAGAGGGUUGAUGAGGCUAUGGGGAUUUUAAGGUGCAUGACUGAGAGGGGUUUGAAGCCAAAUUUGAUUUCCUUCAAUGCAGUUGUUCAGGGUUUAUGCGGGAAAGGGAGGAUGGAAGAGGCUGAGGAGGUGGUUGAAGAGAUGAAUCAAAAGGAUUUGGCCCCUGAUGAGAGGACUUACACGUCUCUCAUUCAUUUGUUCUGCGACAAGGGGCACCCUGGUAAGGCUCGCAAGGUUUUGAGUGAAAUGAUUGAUAGUGGGUUUUCGCCUUCGGUUGCUACAUACAACAGGCUUAUUCGUCGGUUGAGGCUUGAGGAUGCUGUGGGGGUUUUUAGGGGCAUGACUGAGAGGGAUUUGUCCCCUGAUGUUGUUACUUAUAACACUCUUAUUUCUAAGUUUUGCAAACUCAAGGAGCCCGACCUGGAGAAGGCGUUUGAAAUGAAGGCGGAGAUGGUUCACAAGGGCAUCUUGCCCGAUGCUGACACAUAUGAGCCGCUUAUACGUACCCUGUGCCUGCAGCAAAGACUGUCGGAAGCUUAUGAUCUCUUCAGAGAGAUGCUGCGCUGGGGUGUGUCCCCAAAUAACGAAACUUAUACUGGUUUGAUGAAUGCUUAUCGUAUCGAAGGUCAGUUCAGUAAGGCUUUUCAUUUGCAAGAUGAAAUGACACACAAGGGUUUUUUGCCUGGUUUUGUUACUGGGUUUUCGCCGUCUCAUGUUACAUACAACGCCAUUAUUUAUGGCCUUUGCUUAUUGGGCCGGGCUGAGGAGGCUCUGGGGGUUUUGAGGGGCAUGCCUGAGAUCGGGUUGUCCCCUGAUGCUGUUAGUUAUUGCACUGUUAUAUUAGGGUUUUGCCGAAUCCGGGAGCCAGGGAAGGCGUAUGAGUUGAAGGUGGAGGUAGAUGAAAAUAUGAUCUCGUGGCUGGGGAUCUGGGGGCUGUUUGAAGACACACGAAAAUCACUUAUGCAAGGCCUGUCGAAUGAGGAUACCUUUUCUAGUUUGAUGAAUGAUUAUUUAGCUCAAGGUAACUUGGAAAAGGCUUUUGACCUGAAAUUUGAAAUGUCACACUAUGGUUAUUUGCCAGAGUAUGUUUACUAUAGUAUAUUUGUGAAUGGACUUAAUAAGAAAGCUAGGACAAGGGAAGCUAAGGAACAUCUUUUGUUUUUGAUUUCUCAUUGGCAUUUGCUGUAUUUUAUAAUAUAUGAUUCUCUGAUAGAGAACUGCAGUAAUAAUGAAUUUAAGAGUGUGGUAGGGCUUGUCAAAGGUUUCGGAAUGAGGGGUUUAGUGAAUGAAGCCGCCAGAGCUCGUGUCACAAUGUUUGAGGGGAAUUAUAAGCCAGAUGGAGCCGUUUAUAAUUUAUUAAUAUUUGAACAUUCUAGAUGUCGUAAUGUUCAUAAGGCGUAUGAUAUGUACAUGGAGAUGGUGCAUUAUGGUUUUGCUCCUCAUAUGUUCUCUGUACGUGCUCUUAUUUGGGCUCUAUAUCAUGGUGGAAGGUACAAUAAGAUGAUUUGGGUAAUUCAAAACACAUUGAGGAGCUGUAAUCUCAAUGAUUCCGAGCUACUUAAAGUACUUAAUGAAAUUGACGUCAAGGAAGGUGAAACUGGGGCUCUUGAGGUUGUGCUAGCUGAAAUAGCCAUGGAUGGGCUGUUACUUGAUGGUGGAAAGUGUUCAUAUGCUUCAGCAAGAACCUAAUAUAUUUGGUUUUUCUUAUUUCUCUUGAUAUAUAUAUUUGCUCUGCAUUAUUUCUUGAGGCCUGACCAUAUAAUUGUGCAAAUAUGAUAUAACAACUAUAAUGCUCGAGAUGCUAUAAAAGCUUCAUUAAUGCUAGAGAUACUUCAAGCCUGCAUGUUUUUUGAUAUUUUAUAUGUAAUCUGGUUCUGUUCCCCCA